AGCAGAGACCUGGAAAAAACUCAAAAUUCUUCGUUGUUUAGUGUGGAGAGAAAGAGAGAUGGGAGGAUGUUCAUCUUGCUUCGGAGGCAGUAAUCAGAAGAAGGAAGAAGAAGAUCGUUUAGAAUCACAAGUGGCUCGAACUAAAGCCGCCGAAGCCGCCGAGAAAAGGCAAGAAGAAUUCAAUAAAUCUGCUGCUGGAAGAGCUGCACAUGCCCAGAUAGCAGCAGUAGCAGCUGCCAAGCAAUCUGCAAACGCCUAUAAAGGCGAACCAGCUCUAAAGUGGCAAAUGGGAUGACAGGUUUCUCUUCCAUAUGUAAAGGUGUACUCUUGGUGUGAUAAACUGGAGAAAUCGAAUCAUUUUCUGUUCAAAACCUUAGCAAAGUGCAAAAUAGGAAUUGAAUAUAAACACAAGUUGUUUUUAUACAUAUCCAAUGUUGUUGUAACAAAGAAAGAAGAAAAUAGUUGUGAAUGUCUUAAACACAUCUCUGAUCUGAAGUUUUUAUUUCCUUGUCUGUUUCAUUCAAAGCAUAUGUAAACAUUGUAUAGUGAAAGAGAUUUCAUGUGAUUAUUUAACUUUCUAUUAUUCAA